AUGCUGCCUGCUGCCUCCAUGGGCCGGCAAGCCGAGCGGAUGAAGACGUCGACCCGAGGAAGCAUCGUUCACGAUGCAGACGGGCAAGCACUCCGGCAGCUGCAACGCGCGGGCGCGUGGCAAGAGGCUCUCCAGGCUCUAGCGGCGAUGGCUGGUCGAGCAGCGGAGGUCACAGUGGUGACGUUCGGCAUCUGCCUCAGCGCCUGCGAGCGAGCGGCACAGUGGCCGCAGGCCCUGCAGCUCGCGGAGGACCUGCGCUUGGCGGCCUUGCAAGGCAAUCUUGUGACCUACAACACAGCCCUGAGCGCUUGCGCGAAGAGCCUGGAGUGGGCGCGAACACUGCAGCUGCUCCGCGAGAUGCACAUAGAGGAGUUGCAACCGGACAUCAUCUCGUUCAACUCGACCAUCGCGGCCUCCGACUGGGUGCAUGCGCUGGCUCUGCUGGAGGAUGCCACGCUGAGCGACCUGCAAGGCACCAUCAUCACGUAUGGCUCUGUCAUCACGGCCUGCGGCAAGGCAGAGCACUGGGAGGAAGCUGUUCAACUGCUCAGCGAGGUGAAUGAGGUCGGCCUUCGUUCGAACCUCGUCACCUGCAGCGCCUGCGUCAGUGCGUGCGAGAAGGCUGGGCGUUGGCAAAGUGCCCUGAUGCUCCUCGCUCAUGCGGAGGAGGAGUCCUUGCACCCCGACAUCAUCCUGAUCAGCGCGGCCAUCAGCGCGUGCGAGAAGGGGGCAGAGUGGCAGCAGGCGCUGGCGCUCUUGGCCCGACUUCCAUCCUUUAGCCUGCGGGCCAACGUGACGACCUACAACGCGGCGAUCAGCGCUUGCGAGAAGUGUGAGCAGUGGAUACAUGCGCUGGCGCUGCUCUCCGCCCUCCAUCGCGAGCGCCUCACCGCCGACGUCAUCUCGCUCAGCGCCGCCGUCAGCGCCUGCGGACGUGGCGAGCAGUGGCAACUUGCCAUGGAUCUCCUGACGCGCAUGAAGGAGGGCGCCGUUCGCGUGAAUGACGUGGCCUUCAAUGCGGCGAUCUCCGCCGCGGAGAAGGGCUUGCAGUGGCAGCUGGCGCUGUCGCUGCUCGCGGACUCCCUGUGCACGGUGGAAGCCCACACUGUGAUCACCUGCGGUGCCACGAUCAGCGCCUGUGAGAAGGGCGACCAGUGGCAGUGGGCUGGGCACUUCCUCCAUCAGUUGUCGCGGCAGGAGGUGAAGCCCAACAUCAUCACCUACAAUGCAGCCAUCAACGCUUGUGAGAAGGGCCAGAAGGGUGGGCUGCGCGAUGUGCAGCGCGCUGCGGCAGAAUUCGUGGACAUGGGGGAGGACUCAUUUAGUACAUGGGCCGGGGGGCCCUCCAUGGGGCACUGA